AUGGCACGCGAUAUAGUGAUACCCAUCCUAGCUGGCCUUCCUCCUCAUCCGGGAUGGUUGCCAAAAUGGAUGAUGUUGAUCGCAGGAGUCUCGAUCCUCAACGGACUACAAAAUUAUAUCUCACUAGCAGGGGCCCGAAAGGUAUACGACCGACGACCCGAUCGAGUCGUAACUUCGGCACCUGGACUAUCACCGCCGGUCUGGUCCGGCUCUAUGCGGCCGUACAACAUCUCUAAUCCUGGCUUGUACCAUUUGGCACUAGGAACCUUUGCGAUUGCGCUCUCACAUUUGGUGGCCGAAGCCGUCGUUUACAGGACCACCGGAUGGGGCGUAGUGCCGCCAUUCAUCGUAGCCUCGGUUUCUUUGGGCUGGAUGAUCAAGGAAUACGACCACUAUCUACUUUGA